UUGGCUUUAAUCUUGCCUGCGGUGCGUGAUCUGGUGCAAUUCGAGGUCGCUGGGUGUUGGGUCACGCGUGAUAGAUCGUUAGUUGUGUGGUACUUGUGUUGGUUUUGCUGUGUAGGACAAGACAUUGCAGUGAGAGUGUCUAUUGCUGGUAGAGGUGAAGGUUGGGGUUAGGGCUGCCACUUGGGAUAGAUGAAGAUGGUGGGGAGCGCGAGGGGGUUGGCGUCGUACUGGGUGGCGCACUUGCGCAUGGAAACGCCGGGUAGUUUGAGUGUUAGCAGGAAAUGCUCGCACUCGGUGAAGCCUUGGUGCGACGGGAGCGUUGUUGAUUCCUCGGCGGACACUGCGAGUGAGCAGGUUGGGAGCAGUAGCGGCAAUAGGUUAGAGCAGGUUUUACAUGAUUUUCGAAUCCAGAAAGCUACGCCGGAUUGGCUGCCUUUGAUGUCCGAGAGGUCGUUUUGGAUUCCUCCAGAGGCGCCCGAGGAAGAAGCCCCUCCUGCUGCUGCGGCUAUUGAACCUGCCACUGAAGGAGAGUUGUUUUCCAUGAUCAUGCCCAGUGGUUAUCCUGCUCCGGCCCCCAUUGGAGGUCCAUUGUGAAGUUUCCUUGAGCUCUUUACUGGCAGACAUCAGUCGAAAUUCUCAAAUGUACAGUCUUUCCUUCUUCAGAUCUCUGCUAUCAAGGCAUUAUCCUGUCAGCAGGUUUGAGGCUUCGGUAGUACCUGUUAGUGUGUCCACACUAGGGUUAUACUAACGUCCUCUGAUGAGGACACUGUUGGAAGUGAUAGACCAUGGAUUGUCAAGGAUUCCCAUCGGCAACCACAAAAAAUUGUGGUUGCCAAAGUGUACAUCCUUUUAUUCCAUAUUGGACUCCAAUUAGUGCACAAACCUUUUGUUUAAAGACUGAAAUCUGUCAAAAUAGUCACAUUUGUGAUUUUUCUGACCAGCAUGGAGCUGUUCACCUUACUCUCUAAUGGAGCAUAUCCCAGUCUUUCCUUCA